AUGUCUUUCAAAGUCCUCUCUCUGCUCCUCGCUUCUCUGGGCUUUGUUUUGAUGGAAGAGAACGUCUCAGGCGUAAGCAUAAAGGCUCCCAGUGCUAGACCAGUGCAAAGACGCUACUCUGAGGCCACCCUGGCAAGCGACUACAGCCGCACCAUGGACAACAUGCUGAAGAAGAACUUUGUGGAAUGGUUGCUAGCCAGACGGGAGAAGAAAAGCGACAACACCAUCGAGUCAUACAAGAGAGAAGCUGAGCCCCAAGUGUCGGCUGGGAAUGGGCAAAGAUCGGACCAGGACACCCAGGAAGCCAAAGACCUCUUCGCUUGGCUCCUGAAAUCCAAGAAAAAUCAGAGUUUUACUACUCCAGAAGGUCCAGAAGGUUUGAAGGACGUUUUGAACCAGGAGUUUCUGACAUGGCUGAUGUCAACUGAUCUCUGCAGACCAAC